AUGAAGGUCCUCUGCGUUGCCGAGAAACCAUCCAUUUCGAAAGCCGUUGCCGGCCAUUUGGCAGGACGAAGCCCUGAAGUCCACAACACUCGUUCUCAAUACAUCAAAAACUAUGGCUUCGACUUUGACUUUGGCGCCCCGUGGGGUUCGUGUGGUGUUACCAUGACGGCCGUUCUGGGCCAUCUUACGGGACUCGAGUUCACACCAGAGAACAAGAACUGGUCGCACCCGCCGCCAGAGAGCUUGUUCAGUGCACCAGUAGUAACAGUAGUGCCUCAGGACAAGAAAACCGUUGCGGAGAACAUUGAGCGGCAAGCUCGGUACUGCCAGCUUCUUGUCAUCUGGACUGAUUGUGAUCGAGAGGGAGAGCACAUUGGAAAAGAAAUCGUCAAUGCUGCCAAGAAAGGCAACAGCCGAAUCACCGUCAAGCGUGCCACUUUCAGCAACAUCGAACGAGCCCACAUUCUCACUGCUGCCCGACGCCUCACAGACCUUGAUCAGAAACAAGUCGACGCCGUAGAUGCGAGAAUAGAGCUGGAUCUUAGGAUUGGGUAUGCUUUUACGCGUUUCCUGACCAUUAGCCUUCGCCCCCUGGGAGGUGCGCUGCAGGAACGAACAAUCAGUUAUGGUAAGCUUGCACGAUUCGUCGUAGAUCGGUACUUCCGGGUCCAAAACUUUGUCCCCGAGCCGUUCUGGAGCAUCAAAGUCAUGCACUCUCGUGAGGGCAAGAAAGUCAACUUCAGCUGGUCGCGAAACCGUCUCUUUGAUCGGAUGUCUGUUGUCAUUCUCUACGAACGAUGCCUCAACGCGAAGAAAGCCAGGGUUACAAAGGUCCAGGAGAAGCCAACGAGGAAAUGGAAGCCUCUGCCGUUGACCACUGUCGAGCUGCAAAAGGCAGCAACUCGUCUUCUCCGGAUGAGCGGUCAACAGGCCAUGACAGUCGCCGAGGGUCUCUACAACAAAGGGUUUAUCAGCUAUCCUAGAACUGAAACAGAUCGUUUCGACAAAGGCAUGGACCUCAAGGCACUAUGCAGGAAGCAGACGCCUGAUUCUCGAUGGGGCCAAUACGCGCAGAGUCUUUUGGAUGGGAGCUUCAGUCAGCCACGGGAGGGAAAACAUGAUGAUAAGGCCCAUCCACCCAUUCAUCCAGUCACGUACGCGGCGCCUACGGUACUGAGUGCAGAUGAGAAGCAGCUUUACGAAUAUGUCGUACGGCGGUUCCUUGCUUGUUGCUCCGAAGAUGCCAAAGGCCUGGCAACCGACGUGGAGAUACUCUAUGGUGAAGAGACCUUCCAUACCCGUGGAUUAGUCGUCCUAGAGCGCAACUACCUUGACGUCUUUGUCUACGAGAAGUGGAACGACUCUGCAGAAUUACCGAAAUUCACGCCAGACGAAACAUUCCAGCCAACAGAAGCCUUGAUGACGGAUGGCAAGACAAGCCCGCCAAACUACCUCACAGAAGCAGACCUCAUUGCGCUCAUGGAUGCCAACGGAAUCGGAACAGAUGCUACGAUGGCGGAGCACAUUCAGAAGAUCCAAGACAGAGAAUACGUCCAGCUAGCUGACGGGGGUCAACGUGGCCAGGAUGGUGACGACGAUGAUGACGACCGGGAUAGACCUCCUUCGCCGCCAGCUAGAGGCGGCCGAGGGGGCCGCGGCAAUCGCGGUGGUCGCGGGGGCAGAGGGGGUCGCGGCGCGUCGUCGGCAGGACGGAGAGGGCUCAAGGUCUUCAUCCCGACCCAGCUCGGUGUGGCACUCAUCACGGGAUUCGAUCGCAUGGAAUUCGAAACUAGUCUGGGCAAGCCAUUCUUGCGGAAAGAGAUGGAGAACAAGAUGAAGGCAAUCUGCGACGGGCGCAUGACCAAGGAGGCAGUCCUGCGGGAAAGUCUAGGCCAGUACCGACAAGUAUUCCGGGACUCGCAAGAACGGCUCAACGUUCUCAAGGCAGUAAGUCGGAGUUCCAUCACUAACACGCUUACACGCGCUGACUUUAUUAGGCGUGUCGCGAAUACAUGUCGAUUCGCGAGUGAGCCCGGCAAUUCGAUGUUCGUGAUGGCAAAUAAGGGCUCAGCCCUUUCGUAG